AUGCGCAGUUUGGAGGAGAUGAAGUGUGAGGCGCAGUGUGAGGUACAGUGUGGGGUGAAGUGUGAUGUGCAGUAUGAGGUGCAGUGUGAGGUACAGUGUGGGGUGAAGCAGCCGCCGCGGGUGGCACCCUUCACCAUGCCAGAAUCACUGUGGGCGGGGUCACGGGUGGCAGUACAGUGCCUGCUGGUGCAGGGUGACCCUCCUGUGACCCUCACUUGGCUCCACAACGGCUCCCCCGCAACCACCACCCCCGGGAUCUCCGUCAUGCCCCUGGGACAGUUCGUGGUGGCACUCUUCAUUGAGAGGCUGCGAGCGCAUCACUCUGGGAAUUACACGUGCCAGGCUAGCACUCCUGCGGCCACAGCCUCGCACUCCAGCACUCUGAGUGUCCACGUGCCGCCCUCCAUCAAGCCAUUUGACUUCGGCUCACUGGUGUCUGGGAUGCGGACAACAGUGACGUGUGACGUGCAGAUGGGAGACCCGCCCCUGACACUACUGUGGCUACGUGAUGAGCACGUCCUCACUCCCACUGCAGACCUCCAGCUAAGCCAACAUGAUUCUUUCUCCACCAGCCUUGUGUUAGCGCACGUGCGUCCCCACCACGCCGGAAACUACACAUGUGUGGCGCGCAACGAGGCGCGUGAAGUGCGCUACACCGCUGAGCUCCUCGUGCGCGGUCCUGUCAAGGGUGUGUACAGCAAUGCAGAUGAGGGCGUGGGCGUCGACAUGGGCUUGGAUAUUGGUAUGAGCGUGCCCAUCAGUCGCACCUGGAACAACGGGACUCUCCUGGUGCCGGCAGCGACGGAGGAUGCUGAGGGCAGCUACCUAUGUGAGGCCACCAAUGGUGUGGGUGCUGGCCUCUCUGCUCUCAUCACACUCCAGGUACACGCGCCACCUGCUGUCUCUGGUGACGGGUCAGCAGAGGUCAGACGGGGUGAGAACGUCAAGCUGCAAUGCGAGGCGCGGGGAGACGCUCCGAUCUCCAUCUCUGUAACCAAAGACGGCAAGCCUCUAGACCCCAACGACUACAGGUAUAGUGUGGAGGUUGUAGAAGACUUGAGCGUGAUGGAAGGCGUAGGCAUGGUGGAGGGCGUGGGCAUGAUAGAGGGCAUGCGUAAGGAGAGCAGCAGCAGCAGAGUGCGGGCGGAGGUGAAGGUGACUAACGUGGCACCUGAGGACUCAGGUGUCAUCACAUGCACUGCUACUAACACUUAUGGUAGUCAUACACACCAAAUGCAGCUCAAGAUCCAGGACGUGCCGGACCCUCCACGAGACUUAAGAGUGACGCGAGAAUCGAGCAGAUCAGCCACAGUGACCUGGGCAGCCCCACUCUCCCCUAACACCCCCAUCACACACUAUAUCAUCUACCUCAAAGCACAAGCUGCAUCCUGGGACGGCGUCAGUGUCCGACAACUGCGUGCUGAAGGCAGCACCACCUCUGCUCUGCUCAAUGACCUCCUCCCAGCCAAGGUCUAUCAGGUACGAGUGGUAGCGGUCAACAGCGUGGGAGAAUCCCCAUCAUCUGAACCUUUGACUCUGCGUACAGAGGGCGAGGCUCCCAGUGCUACACCGAUCAACGUGCGGGCUAUGGGUGUGAGCUCUCAUGCAGUGCAGGUCUCCUGGACACCACCUGACGCAGACUCCUGGAAUGGUCAGCUGUUAGGAUACUACGUAGGGCACCGGCUUGAUGGAGCGGUGAGUCAGGGCCGAUCGUUCAGCUUCGACACUGUGGGAGUGACAGCGGGAGCAGCAGGGGAGGAGACGUGGACAGUGGCAGGCUUACAGAGCUUCACUAGAUAUAUCUUCGUCCUGCAGGCCUUCAACGCUAAAGGUCCCGGUCCUCUCUCCACUGAAGUUUUUGCCACUACACUAGAGGAUGUUCCUGAAGCAGCACCGGAGGGGGUGACAUGUGUGGCACUGACUUCCACUAGAGUUCAGGUGACCUGGUCCCCACCACCACCUGCACUCACCCACGGUCGCAUCACCACCUACACCCUCACCUACACUCCCAUGGACGACCACACAGGUCUACCAGCGGGAGAGUCACGUGUCGUGACCGGACAGAAUACCAUCGUGGGAGACCUGGAGAGAUACACCAACUACUCUGUCAGUGUGGCUGCCUCCACAAGGGCUGGCCUCGGCGUCGCCUCACACCCUGUCAACUGUGCUACGGAGGAAGACGUGCCACAAGCACCAGCUGGGAUCAAAGCUGUGGUGAGUGGAGCAGAAAGUGUGGUGGUGGCCUGGUCACCACCACAGCGUAGCCACGGUAUCAUCACCAAGUAUAUCCUCUACGUCCGAGCCCCGCCGGACAGAGAUGCCACCAAGAGAAUAUUGCCCCCUCAGACCCGCUGGCUGGAAGUGACUGAGCUGAAACCUCAUCACCGCUACGAGAUGUGGGUGACUGCUGCUACCAGGGUGGGCGAGGGGCCUUCUUCUGCUCUUGUCUCCGCCACCCCAUCUUCCACAGUGAUGGCAGGAGUGUAUGGUGUGGGAGGUGAGGUGAGGGUUUCCCAGGGCACCGACCUCCUGCUAGACUGCCCACACGUCGGCAUACCCACACCCACCAUCACCUGGAGAUGUAACAACGCUCCCAUCACCAGUGUUACCAGGUACGAGCUGCAGCCUGACGGGGGACUGCUGCUGCGGGAGUGUCAACGUACAGACACUGCCAACUACACCUGUCAUGCCAGCAACCGCCACGGCUCUGACUACGUCAUUUAUUCUCUCAUUGUCAUGGUGCCACCCAGUGCAGCACUGCUUCACUCAGUGGGUGCUACAGCCACUACAGUGACUGUAUCCUGGACUCUUAUAGACGACGGUAACGCUCCCGUCAGGAGGCUGACACUCACCUGGCGUCCUGAUCCAGGGGAGUGGAGGGAGGUCACCCUGGCCCGCCACCUCAAGCAGUUCACCUUGCAGGAGCUCACCUGUGGCACCCAGUACCACGUGUACCUGACCUCGCAUAACAAGAUAGGAGCAGGUGCAGCCAGCGAGGUGAUUACAGUACGUACUAAGGGCAGUAGACCUACCCCGCCACCACAACAACGUCUGCUGACAGUCAACAUGUCUGCCGUUAAUGUACACCUGGCUGCCUGGAGGGACCCACAGUGUCCCAUCACUGCCUUCACUAUCACACUUACACUUAGCAGCCAGAGGGACUGGCAGAGCGUGAGCGGACGCCUGGCAGGAACGCAGACAGAGUACACACUGGGGAAGCUCCUCCCUGCCACUUCCUAUGAGAUAAGUAUCACUGCCACUAACCCUGCAGGGGAGACAACUGCCACGUACUCCUUCGUCACUCUCACCCUCACCGGAAAGCACUUGCAGGAGGGGCUGGGUUCUGUGGCAGGGGGUGGGAUGCUGGGAUCGUCUUCAGGUGCUGGGUCGUCGGCACACGAGGUAUUCACCGACCCUGCCUUCGUCGUGCCCGUCGUCAUCUCCUGCAUCGCUCUCAUCUCCAUCAUCAUCGCUAUCACCCUCUGUCUCAAGAGAAGAUCAGGAGGGAAUCUGGAGGGUCCUCCUGACGGUGAUGAUGGAGGACCUUCAGUGACUUCAGCAACGGAGAACAAGACCAACCCGGCAGUAAGGGAGCAGUAUUAUACCAGCGUCAGGAAACCACCGCCCUCACCAGUACACGACGUCAACGCACUCGACAGAAUACCAGAAUACGCAGAAGAUAUAUACCCUUACGCAACUUUUCAAAUCCAGCGGCAGGAAGAGACGUUGUCUACGCACCUGCAGACCUUAGUGUAUCAAGACCCGAGAAGAACCACCGUGGAGACCCUCGCUUACUGGAAGACUGACAGCGGAAACAGUGGUAACAACAGAGAUGGAAGAAGUGGCAGAGCAGCAGCAGCAGCAAGUGGAGGAAAAGGAGCGUCAGGAGGAGGAGGUAUAGGAGGAGGAAGCAGUGCAGCAGGAGGAAGAGGAAGAGGAGGAAGAGAACUAGUGGGAGGACGAGCAGCAGCAGGAGUAGAAGGAAGAGGAGCAAGAGGAAGAGAAAGAGGAGGAGGAGACGGGGGAGGAAUAAGAAGAAGAGUAGGAGGAGGUGAAGGGGAAGGAGGAAGAGGAGGAGGUGUAGGAGGAGGAAGAGGGGGAAGAAGAGAAAUAGGAGGAAGAGGAGGAGAAAUAGGAGGAGGAAGACGAGGAGACAGCGACGACUAUGCCAGGGUGAAGAGAUGUGGACUUAAUUACGGUGGAGAAAGUGAAGAUUACGAGGACAGUGUCAACAGUGACACUGACUCUGACCACGCUGCUUCCUCCCGUACCGAGAGUUCUGCCCACCUCGAUGAUACCCACCACACCCCCCUCUCUGACCGCAACCACCACCACAAUCUGUUGUACGUAGCGUCGGACGCCAGCACAGUGACCUCUCCCUUGCAAGAGAGGAAGAGCUUACCCCGCCGCUCCCGCUCCAGGUCGAGCGGGAGUGGGAGCUACACUGGCCUAGGAGAGCUCAACAAAGGAAUGAUGAACAGCAGCAACAAGGGAGUGGUGGGGGCAGGCGUGGGCGUGAUGACGACGGGAGGCAUGGGUCGUUGCCACGCCCACGGGCACUCCACGCCCGCACACAGCUGCGACACCUUGGAGAUGAGUGAGACUGAGGUGGACAGGGACAACAGAAAACGGGCCAACAGCGACAGAUGCAGGAACACCAGCUUCUCCAUCGCUGUUUAACAAGUCUGUCAGCACAAGCAAGCUGAGAUAACUCCAACAAGCAGCCAACAGUGACAACAUCAUUGUACCAACACAAGCAACCAACAGUGACAACAUUAUUGUACCAACACAAGCAACCAACAGUGACAACAAUUACUGUACCAACACAAGCAACCAACAGUGACAACAUUAUUGUACCAACACAAGCAACCAACAGUGACAACAAUCACUGUACCAACGCAAGCAACCAACAGUGACAACAAUCACUGUACCAACACAAGCAACCAACAGUGACAACAAACAUAACUACUAACACAAGCAACCAUCAGUGACAACAAACAUCACUACCAACACAACAAGCAACCAACAGUGACUAAAACUCGUGCAGUUAUGAGCAGAAGAACAUGUAAGUAAACUUGACGUAUCCAGAAGACGAAGAGAGGAAUGUCCAACAUCUCCGCUAGUACAGCCAGGCUCACCUGUCCCCAUCACAUGGACACUGUACUCUGUCUUGUCUCAGACAUCAGAAGAUCGCGUCCCGUAUUGCGGAUCAAGCUACUGUCGCAAGCUGUUGUCGUUUCGUACACCUUCACACACACAUCCCACAGCUGGCUAAUUACUACUCUAUCCCUUGACCGCUAUUAAUCUAUCUCACAGUUGGUUUGGCACUUCCUCUUCCAGCUGAAUCAAAGCCAUAACUAUCAUCAGCUAACCAACGUACGAAUCUGACAAAUUCUCAGUUCUGAACAGUGGACUAGGACCAGUUAUGGAGACUUUGCUUGUGAAAUAUAUCUAAGACACCAAACCGUUGUUGUGGACGGAGGUUCGAACCUUCACGGCUCAUUGUGCUAAAUAAUCCACCCGGAUUUAGUGCUUCAUUAAAUAUAAUACCAUGUUAAGCAAAUAUACAGAAAUAAUCUCAAACUCCCUAAAGUGCAUGAAACUAAUAUCAAUGUGUGGCCAAGAGACGUAAGCAUUAAAUUUUGUAUAUAAUAAAAAGGCAAAGAACAUUUAUGUUGUAUUA